UUCACCAUAGACGUGCACACCUGCGUUGCACCUCGAAGCCACGAAGUUGAUUUAAACGAACAAGGAAACCGGUGCCGAACGGUUUUCCUCUUCGAUCUGAUCGCGUGAAAGCGGAACUUUCGCAGUGGAAAAACGUCGGCUUCGUGGAACGAUCGCUCGUGUUUGAAAAAUCAUUAUUAAAUUCAAUUUUUUUCUAAUUGGAAAACUGUGCAAAUUAUAAAACUGUGUUAUCCAAAAUUGAACAAUUGAAUAUCUUCAAAGAAGAAAAUGAUUAGUAUGAAAAUUAUUUAAAUUCCAUAAAAAUUAUUAGAAUUUUCUAUUUCUAUUUGCUGCAUUAAUGAAAGCAUAUUCAAUGAUGAAAACCACUCUUCUACUUCUUCUUUCUAUUCUUCUGAACGGCAUUCGUGCCACGGAUAAAAUGCGAUACGAUGGAUAUAAAUUAUACAAAAUCUUCGUACCGGAUACUUCUGGUCUUGAAUUGUUAAAAAAUAUGCAAGGGAACGAUGGUUAUAACUUUUGGAUUCCACCAAAGAUCAAUGACAGUGCGAGUGUUAUGAUAUCCCCGGGGAAACUUCAGGAGUUUAUGGAAAUUACAAAUAAAACGAAGAUUGAAGCAGAAUUGAUGAUGGAUGAUGUGCAAAAGUAUAUUGAUGAUGAAAAUCCUCGGGCUGGUUUAAGGGGUACUUUUGACUGGCUGGGUUAUCAUCGACUGGAUGUUAUUUAUCGAUGGUUGGAUUCUUUGGCGACCCAACAUCCUAAGAUCGUAACGCUAAUUACAGGAGGCAGUAGUUACGAAGGUAGAAGUAUCAAAGGUGUGAAACUAUCUUACAAAGAAGGAAAUCCUGGUAUAUUCAUCGAAGGUGGGAUACAUGCUAGAGAAUGGAUAUCACCUGCUGUAGUGACGUAUAUUUUAAACGAACUGAUACUGAGCGAUGAUACCCGUGUCAGAUAUAUGGCCGAAUCUUAUGACUGGUACAUUUUUCCGGUCUUUAAUCCGGAUGGCUACGAAUACACCCAUACUACGAACCGUCUAUGGCGUAAAACAAGAAGACCGACUGGAAGGGGGUGCUAUGGUGCCGAUCCAAAUAGGAAUUGGAACUUCCACUGGGCAGAGGGUGGUACCAGUUCGAAUCCAUGCAGCGAGAUAUAUCCUGGAGACAAACCCUUUUCUGAAACAGAAUCAAGAACAAUGUCAGAAUACAUUGACAGCAUCCACGAUAAAUUAUUCUCUUACAUAGCAUUUCACAGUUACAGCCAAUUAUUACUUAUUCCUUAUGGUCAUUCGAACGAGAGGAUCAGUAAUUACAAUGAUUUAUUACAAAUUGGAAACUACUCUAUAAACGUUCUGUCAAAGAAAUACGGAACGAAAUACAAAGUUGGAAAUAUCGUGGACGUUAUAUAUGUUGCAUCUGGUGGUUCAAUGGACUGGGUAAGAGGAACUUACAACAUUCCUGUAACGUACACUUACGAGCUACGUGACAAAGGAAGAUACGGUUUCAUUUUGCCUGCCAAUCAAAUUAUACCAACUGCAAUGGAGAUUAUGGACUCUUUGGUGGCAAUGUUUCAGGAAGCUGCAAAACGUGGCUACGGAUCAUCCCCUGUAAAGACGCGACAAUAAUUUUUAUUACCUGACACUGUUAUCAAUAUAGUUAGUUUGCGUUUUUGAUAUCUGCUACAAUUGUGUCAAUUAACAAUUAAACGAUUAUUCAGCUUUAAUUACUGAUUAGGUGUACGUGCAGAUAAUGUAUCACUUAUAAAAAUAAUUAAAAAAGAACAUAUGUAUUUUUUA